AUGGCAAACACAGAAGUAGUGGAAAAUGUGGCAGCUUGGGAGCCAUUAAGAUUGACACACAGUAAACCAUCAUUUACUACUCAAGAAUCAUCCUUAGCAUCACGUCAAGACUUGUGGCACAAAUUUAUUUUGUUUGGCAUAGGACAAUACAAAGCAACAGAAGUAUUAAGAAGUAUAAUUAUUGCUUGUGAACCUGAAAUAAUAUUGCCUGUUAUGUACAAGGAAGAAGGUCCAAAUAAAAGUACCUUCUUAGCAAAGUGUACCUCCAGUGCUAUUGAAAAUCUUGUGAAGCAAGGUUUAUGCGUAACAUUAUCAAAUGGCCAGGAAUUACACAUUGAUAUAGUAUUGGGCUAUACAGACACACAGGAUUUGCAAUUGAAUCCUAAUAGAAUUAUAACACAAGCAUUGUAUUAUAGAUAUGAACCUACAAAAAAAGUACUAAAUCUUGAUGAUUUUGAAAAUGAAAAAUCAUUGGGAUCUAUAUACUGUCCCAUAUCUUUACCCAAAGUGUUACACUUUGUUUUAAGAUGUACUAAAAUGGGAAUUUUAAGCAAUAAUCGUGAUGUACGGUUACCUGUUAGAGAGCUGAGUUUAAGAUAUAAUAAAAUUACAGCCAUUAUUCUUUUUGAGAAAUUCUUCAACUAUCAUUUGACCAAAUUAGAUUUACGUCACAAUCAGAUUGCAGAUGUGGAAUAUUUACGUUACUUUAGUGAAUUUAAAAUAAGUGAACUUUGGUUGGAUGGAAAUCCAUUAUGUGCAAAAUACAACAAAUGUCAAGAUUACUUACAAGCAGUGAAAAAUGUUUUUCCCCAUUUACAAAAAUUGGAUGGAAUUGUAAUAGGUAUGGAGCAAAAGUUUGUUCCUAAUAUUCAAAGUAAUUUUCUAAGAGAUGGUUCAAAAGCUUGCCUUAUCAAACAAUUUGUGAAGCAUUAUUUCACAUUGUAUGACCAAGAUGAUAGGCAAGUGAUGAAUGGCUUAUAUGAUAGGGAUGCACUUUACUCUAUGACACAAGGACCUAUUUCAAAUUACAUUCAUAAGCAGUUAACUAAAGCAUUUGUUACAAACAGAAAUUUACUUAAGUUUGUUGAUUAUGCUAAGUGUCAAGAAUUUUUAUUACGUGGUCCAGAAAAAAUUAUUUCUGCACUCAGAAGUCAACCACCUACAACACACCACUUUAAAUCAUUUCACGUGGACUUAUUGUAUGAAGGAGAAGUCCACCUUGCAAUUUCUGUGCAAGGACUGUUCUCAUUUAGAGAAGUAUCUUGUCCACGAAUGUUUUUCAACAGAACUUUCAUAAUUAUGAGAAAAGAAGAUAAUGAAUAUUGUAUUACUAAUGACCAGUGCUACCUUGAUGGAACACCUGCUAAUGGUAAUCUGUCAGGAAACAGUGAAAUAAGAUAUGAAUCAAAAGGUGCACCAAAAUUUAUUCCAACUGUGUUUAGUGUUUCUGAAAAAGAACAAUUACUCACAUUUUUGCAUGAAUUGACUACAAUGAACAUGAAAUUUUGCUACCAGUAUCUUGAAGAUGCCAACUGGGAUAUAAGGACAGCUAUUACAACAUUUAUGAAUAUGUAUACAGUUAACAAUGUACCACCUGAAGCUUUUCUAUGA